UUUACACAUACAAACAGGAUUAUUUUCGGGUACCUCUGGAUGCCGAUGUGUCAGUGUUGAGUGAUAGUGCAUUUUAAGGAUUAUUUACGAAUUUAUCCUGUGCGUGGACAUUAUUUGGAUUAUUAUCUAAAACGAUACACUGGCACAACAAACAUCAUGACAAGGUCACUCAGGCUCAGCAUUGUCGGCAUUUGGGCGGUUUUGCUGUUAGGGGAAAUAAACUGCGAUGCGCCCCUGUCGGACUCUGCGUCUCUGCCCCUAGAACAUAGGGCUGUGUACGGUCCUCCGCUCUCGGGUCCUGGGUACGCACCCGCGGGUCUUCUCCAGGGAGGCGGUGGAGGAUCCUCAGAUGACCCGUGGCCCCUGGCCACCCCUGACAUGCCCCAAAUAAAGCACUUGCAGGUGCAGUGCGAAAAGACCCACAUGCGGGUCAACAUCGAAUUCGAUCGACCCUUCUACGGGAUGAUAUUCUCCAAGGGAUUCUACAGCGAUCCGCACUGUGUACAUCUGAAGCCUGGGACGGGGCACUUGAGUGCUACUUUCGAAAUUUUCCUCAACAGCUGCGGCAUGUCGUCGUCUGCCAAUCACAACGCCGCAGCGUACGGAGCCCCCACGCCUAGCGGUAGUUACGUCGAAAACACCAUCAUCAUCCAAUACGAUCCCUACGUUCAAGAAGUUUGGGAUCAAGCCAGGAAGCUUCGGUGCACCUGGUACGACUUCUACGAAAAGGCUGUUACGUUCAGGCCGUUCCAGGUUGACAUGCUGCACGCAGUCACUGCCAACUUCCUGGGAGACAAUUUGCAAUGCUGGAUGCAGAUACAAGUCGGUAAAGGACCUUGGGCUUCGGAGGUAUCUGGAAUCGUCAAGAUCGGACAAACCAUGACUAUGGUCUUAGCCAUCAAGGACGACGAGAAUAAAUUCGACAUGUUGGUGCGUAACUGCGUGGCACAUGACGGCAAGAGGGCUCCUAUCCAACUGGUGGACCAGUACGGAUGCGUGGUGCGACCCAAGAUCAUGAGCAAGUUCCAGAAGAUCAAGAACUUCGGACCCUCGGCUUCGGUGGUGUCAUUCGCGUACUUCCAAGCCUUCAAGUUCCCCGAUUCCAUGAAUGUCCACUUCCAGUGCGUCAUCCAAGUAUGCAGGUACAACUGUCCCGAACCCAAAUGUGGUGGUCACCUCGGUUUGACCAGCGAAUACGGAGCCCCCCCACUAGGAAACGCUCUUGGCAGUGGGGACUUCGGCCACGGUAACUUAAACGCGGAAUACGGACCACCACCUUCCAGCGAGUACGGUCUACCUCCGGCGUUCCCGGAUCCUAGACAUCCUUCCGGUCCUACCGGAGCUUACUCUGAGAACAACGCCGAUGUGGUACCAGCUCCGCAAGCCCAAACCUCUUCGUCUUCCACGUCUAAUCCCCCUAACCUCUCAUCGCCAGCCCCGCAGGUUUCAGCGCAGACCAGCAACGAAAUCCACUUACCCCCUCCUCCACCACCAGGGCAUCACGGAAUCUACAACACCGUGAAGAGGAAGAGUAGCAUAGCUGAUGAGUUUGAAGGGAACUUGGCUACGUUAGGUGGCCGACCUAGGUCGGUGGAGAAUCUACCAGCUGAGCUACAAGGAGCAAGGAAGAGGCGUAGCCCCGAGGUCAUGAACGUUGUGGUAAGCCACGUGUACAAGCGCGAAGCCCAAGAAAUGACCGACGUAAACACCAGUCGAACCAUCCAAGUAGUUGCCCCAGGUGACGUAAACUUCGCCCUGAACUCUGCGCAAAACAACGAAACAGUAGUGAUCCAGUCGGCGUCCUCGCAGGAUCCCGAGACGAUCUGCAUGUCGGUCCCUAGCUUCGUGGCUGGGCUAGUGAUGCUCCUCUUGGUACUGAUCGUGGCCAGUUUGGUAGCAGCAUUCCUAUUCGUCCGAGUGCGUGCUAUUGACAGAAAAGGGAUCGGCCAAACAUUCGUCGGCGCCCGAGGUUACGACAAUUCGGAAUUUGUGAAAGUGGCAAACUGACAAUGGAAACGCUCUUGGUGGGUGCAUUCCGAUGGGUUCCAAAGAUGUUCAGGUUAAGCAAGUGAUUUGCGCGAGUGAUCUUCCGGCCCGGAGGCCGGUUCUUUCUCUCAUCUUUCCGAUUCGAGUUCUAUUCCUAGUCCUUUUCAGUACCCCACUUCACCAGCCACUCGACUAACUCAUUUCUAUUGGAUUCGUGCUCGCAAUCGGUACUGGCUGUACCAUUGCCAGCAUGACUCCCUAACCUUAUUUAUUUAGUAAGUUAUUUUUUUAUUAUUAAUUAGUUUUUUUUAUUAUUUAUAUGUAAAGAGAUUAAGUGUAACUCGCACUUCCCAUGUACUACUUGAGAGUAUGCUUGUUUGAAAAACAUUGGUUAUUUAUUUUUUUGUGUUCAUUCCGCUCUGGUGCAGAGCAUUACAAUCCACUGCGCCGUAAUGUCAUCGAGGAUGCAACUCCUAGUCUCGUAGUUAGGGUGUAUUUCAUAUGUAAAUAAGCGUGUAUGAGAAUACUCAUAAUCAAAUCACAGGACAUCUGUUGACCGGCGAAACAAACAGUUCCGAUCUGCCGGUAUCUGUUUCUCGAAUUAAUUUACAGUAUUACUUCGUACUUAUUUAUUUACCUGUAAUGUAACACAGAUAAUACCUCUGUUAGCUUUCUGAAUUC